AUGCAGAUGCAAGAGCCAUGGAUUGUCACUGCAACAAUUUUUGCAGCUCUACUCUUUUUAACAACAGGGUCGAUCUCAGAAGCUGAAAAAAUUGUAGCUUUGCCGGGCCAGCCAAAGGUCAGUUUUCAGCAGUAUGCAGGAUAUAUAACCGUUGAUGAGAAGCAGAAGAGAGUUCUUUUCUACUACUUUGUUGAAGCAGAAAUAGACCCAGCUACAAAGCCUCUAGUUCUUUGGUUAAAUGGGGGGCCUGGUUGUUCAUCCGUUGGAGCUGGAGCUUUUUGUGAGCAUGGACCUUUUAAACCAAGUGGAGAGAUCUUGCUGAAAAAUGAUUAUAGUUGGAAUAAAGAAGCAAAUAUGCUAUACCUGGAAUCACCUGCAGGAGUUGGCUUCUCCUACUCUGCUAAUGAAUCUUUCUAUACCUCUGUGAACGAUGAGAUUACAGCACAAGACAAUCUAGUAUUUCUUGAGAGAUGGUUCGACCAAUUCCCAGAAUACAAAAGCAGAGAUUUCUUCAUCACAGGAGAAAGCUAUGCAGGUCAUUAUGUUCCACAACUUGCACAACUUAUAGUUCAAUCCAAAGCAAAAUUCAAUCUGAAAGGAAUAGCAAUAGGAAAUCCACUGCUAGAAUUCAAUAUGGAUUUCAAUUCACGUGCCGAGUUCUUUUGGUCUCAUGGAUUGAUAUCAGAUUAUACCUAUGAAAUUUUCAACACAGUUUGUAACUACUCCCAAAUCAGGAGGCAGUCUCAAAGUGGGUCUCUUUCCGUCCCUUGCUCUACCGUAAUUAACCAAGUCUCGAGAGAAGUUAGUAAAUAUGUCGACACUUAUGAUGUUACUCUUGAUGUCUGCUUAUCCACGGUGGAAUCCCAAUCCCGAGUGUUAAAUCAAAUGGAAUAUACAGGGCAAAUAGAUGUCUGUGUAGAAGAUGAAACAAUCAAAUACUUGAAUAGAAAAGAUGUACAGGAAGUUCUCCAUGCUCAGCUUGUUGGAGUCAAUCGAUGGACUGUAUGCAGCGAUAUCGUCAAAUACGAGAUGGAAAAUCUAGAAAUUCCCACAGUUCCUCUUCUUGCCAGGCUUGUCAAGUCCGGCGUUCGGGUUCUUGUUUACAGUGGAGAUCAAGAUUCAGUGAUCCCACUCAUUGGAACAAGGACACUAGUGAAUGGAUUAGCGAAGGAGUUGCAACUAAACACAACUGUUCCAUACAGAACCUGGUUCCAGGGAAAACAGGUUGCUGGGUGGACACAAGUAUAUGGUGAUAUAUUAUCUUUUGCAACCAUUAGAGGGGCAUCCCAUGAAGCUCCAUUUUCACAACCAGAGAGGUCUAUUGUGCUGUUUAAUGCAUUCUUGGAAGGAAAGCAAGCACCACAAGCUACUGAGCAAAUUCAUAUUUAA